AUGCGGUCAUUUACCGCGGCCGCAAUCCCGCCCGAUAUAGCACCCCUUCUCUCCACCCCUAAAUCCCUUUCAACGGGAGGCUACCGCCACCUCCUCGACGACGACCGCACCCUACGCUCCCCUCCCUACCUAGACACCAUCAUCUCCCCAUCAUCGACCGGAACCCUCUCCCCACCUGUGACACCAGCUAGAGGUAUUCCAACCCUCGGCCUCGGCCUCCUGGAUCUUUUCCCAACCGAACUCCUCAUCCCCAUCCUCUGCCACCUCGACAUCCGCACCCUGCUCCACUUCCGCGCCCUAAACCGGCACGCCCUCUCCCUCGUCGAUCUCUGCCCGGGCUACCUGCCCAUCCGCACCCACGCGCCGAAUAUUUUACGCGGGAUCUUAGCCAUCGAAGCCGGUCCGUACUGGACUUUGUCAAAUCUCUGGAUAAAACUGCGUCAGAAGGAGUGUGAUUCACCACCUGACGCGUGCAGAAGUAAAGAGGGGUCGUUCGCGGGUUAUUUGUGCUUGUUGAAGCGGAAACGGUAUUGUUGGGGAGGAGGAGGAGGAGAAGGAGAAGGUCCAUGGAGGCCAGGCCCGUGGAGGGAGAUAUAUCAUGGGUGGCCGGGGCCGAUGAAGGCGGAAUUUGCUGUGACGUUUUUUGGGUUGGAUGAAGGCCGGUUACAAGGCCAAGACCCAAAGGUGUUGGAGAUGUGUCUGGAGCCGAGGAUCAGAGCGCUGCCUAGGGCGGAGCUGCCUGAUGAAGUCAGGUGGAAGGUGAGCUGGGGGAGGGUGUCGAGGACGGAUCAUAAAUAUGGUGUUGAGUCAGGGACAUGGCCUGGCAAGGGACCUGGAAAUUUGGCUGAAAAGGGCAAAGGGGAGAGGUUGGUGCUGCUGGAUACCGAGACGGUAUUUGGCAUGGUGGUGUAUCUGGGGUUCGACCCAGAAAAGGAGAUGAAGAGUUGUUCGCCGCUGAGCAAGCAAUUGCAGCAUUGCUGGGCGCGGUACGUCAAGGGCAACGAAGUAGCGUUUUUGGCAAAGGGAAUGGAGGCAGCGAUCAAAGCCGGAGUCGACCUGGACAAGGUCACUCCUCCUGACUCGGAAAAGAAAACGGGAAAUAUUUCGAGUGGAUGGGCCCACCGGUUUUUCGUCCUUGGUGGAGGUAUUUCACUGUCGUGA